CUUCGGCUAACCGUUCAGCCGGCGAGGACUCCACAGCCUGCCGCACUUAUCCGAAUUGGGACUUUCGUGACUAUUGACUCCAUGCGAUAACGUGGGGACAAGAAAGGUAGAAUUCCCCGUCCCACAGGCGCGCACCUUUGGGCUGUCGAGUCCCAAUUUCUUACAGAACAUCCCCUCCGCGCUGCUGCAUUAAGUUUUGCCUGAAGAAAUGGCCCCUAGCAAGGUGAACAAAGCCUCUCGGAUCACCGUGGCAUGCAACUCCUGCCGGUUCAGGAAGCAGAAGUGCAAUGGCAAUAAACCCAUUUGCACACAAUGUCACCAACACAAUCGGCGCUGCGACUGGCCCGAACAGCUGAAACGAGGACCCGCCAAAGGUUACAUCGAAGCUCUUGAGCACCGACUCCAAGAAACCGAAUCUCUGCUACUCAAGUUCCUCUCACACAUGUCCGACGCCCAAAUAUCCUCGUCGAUGCAAGAAACCCAAUCAGACAUUCACGCCGGCAUGGCCACCACCAGAAGCCCGCCUCCCUCGUACACACCGUCAUCACGAUCGGGCAAACGAGGAACGGAGUACUGGAAACAGUUUCCCCUCAAUACCGUCCAAGAUGUCAGAGCGUGGCAGCAGGACUGCCUCAGUCAGGAACAACGAACAGUCUCGGGACGCAACUCGACGGACAGGGCUAUAACGAGCGUAUCCGAUAUUCUCAAUUCUAGAAACAGUGAACCGUUGCCGGAAACGUCACACGAACUCGAUGACUAUCGCACAACAGCUGCGCCCAGAGCGGAGCUGCCACCGCUAACGCCAUACCGUGGCAACGUAUAUACGAAACCGCACGAGGUUAACGAACCGGUGAAGGAGCCGAUAAUCCGUCUCGAGAACCACGGAGAGACGUAUAAAGAAAGAGAUGUCGAGCCGCAUCCCGGCCCGAUGUUUUCCGCAAUCCAGCUCCCUCGUAUUAGCUGUUCCCAGUCGGAUCACAUGCGGGGGCAUGGUCUGAGUACACCACAGACUCCGAGCCUGUGGAGAGGUGCGCCCUCCGUGAGUUUUCAACAGCAAUAUCUCUGGUAAGAACUUGCGGCGUGGGCGUAGGACUACAAGGAACAAAUGGGACGACAAACAUAGCUUUUGAAUUAUUAUUGGGGGAUUGUUGAUAUGAUGGGUGCAUUGCAGUUUGGACAGCUACUGCACGUAUAUAUGAUUCCCUACUACCCCUAUAAUCAGUCUUU